CUGAUAAACUCUACAAGGGGACAAUGGAACGAGGAGCCGCUGUAGCGAGGCCAACAGUUGGACUGGACUUCUGCUACAGCAGUCAUUCGCCAUUUUCCACGAUGUCAAGGGCCGUCAUGUUGUUCAGUGUUGCCACUCUGACGGUGGCAACUACACUAAAGGAAGUUUCCACCAGCAGACCGAUUUGUCAUGAGGCGGGGAAAGAGUGCCCUGCAUCUCCAAACUUCUGCUGUAACGGCUGCUGUAGAAAUGGUGUCUGCACAACAUAUGACGACGAUCCUGAAUACUGCGCCAACAAUCCUUGCGCCAUUGAGUACUGUCCCCAGGGACAGGAAUGUCACGUCGCAGCUCAGCUAGAGUGCUCUCGACCGCCCUGUAGGAAGUCCACGUCGUGUAAACCCAAAGCAUAGCAGCACGAAGAUCAGUGUCAAUGCAUGAUAGCUUAUGGUUUAAAACUUUACAGGACACUGGUAACUACAUAGUAUAUGUACCACGUCCAACGUUUAUAAGUACUUUUUAAGGGAAUAAAAUUGUCAGAGUCAAAGUCA